AUGCGAAAACGCGUGGAACGGGUUGCUCAGGGACAGCCAGCAACAGUCGUCUGUUCAGUGAGAAAGUUAUGAGAUUCAUGAGAGAAAGUCUGACAUUCAGAAACGAGAUUCGCGGAAUCCGGGACAAUUGACGUGUCCACAGGAAUGCUCGCAAUUGAAGUCGAUAAUAGAUCAGAUGAAUCAAGGGUUUUCGAUGGUUACAAAAUUGAAAAUAGUUGCGUUUCCAUUGCAGUUCUUCCUGGAAUCUGUUGCAUUUCGUGCUCCUCUCCGUGCUCGCCCUACUUUUUAUCAGUGCUACUGUCCUCACUAUUCUUUACAUUUUUCGCAAAAAAACGGCAAACAAUGAUUCGCAAAAAUCGGAACAGUCGGAACUUCGGAGAAGCAGUAGCUGCCCGGCGAUGCCUCUGCUUCCUCCAAACCCUCCAAACGUCGCCGUUCCCUCUGCGGCUGCCAACAUCCAUCCAUCUGAUCUGAAAUCCGUGGACUCCACGUAUGAUCCGUUUACCGACGUGAGUUUGAUUAUCAAUUUGACAAAUAUCACUAGAGUAUUGCAGAGAAACGUCGUAAAGUGCAGUGUAGAAACCUCGGGAAAACCAUCGUUGGAGCCGGAAGGCAAGUCUCAGACUCUCGAAGUGAAACAAAAUCGGGAGAAGUUGCGAGCUCACGUGAAUAAAGCAAAUGCUCAGCACAAGUCGGAUACGAGAUCGAGCAAGUUCGUCAAGAAGGGAACCAUCUACAUUCCCAAGGAGCCCGAUGUACGUGCUCUUUUGUUGAUCGUCACAACCAUCCGAUCUGUUGCAGAUCCCUCCGCCGGCCAAUCUUCCGACAAUAUAAAACUGGAAAAAGUGACGUACGAUCCAUCGGGAAACGAGAUAUUCGACAUCGGAUCGGAUGUGGAUGACAUCGAGAUGGAGCCGAGUUCGUCGCAGAUGGGCACCACCACUGGAGAGGAAGUGGUUUCCGGUCAGAAGAGCAAAAAGAGCACGGGGAGCAAGGAGGAGAAGAAGAAGACGGCGAGCAUGGCGACGCUCGACAGGACCGUUUCGGCUCCGAUAGCUGCUCCUGUGGUGCCGGCUGCUCCGAAGGAUAAACGAUCGGCGAGCCGUGUUGAAGAGCCCAAAAGCAAAUAA